AUGACAAUGGCAUCGCAAACUGUGGCAAAGAAUUUUUAUCAAGUUGUGAAAAACGCGCCAAAGGGCCGUUUCCAAGGCAUAAAGCGAUCGUAUGAAGUCGAGGAUGUGCUCAAGUUGCGUGGCUCAAUUGAUAUCGAACACACGCUGGCCACUCGUGGAGCGAACAAACUCUGGCAACUCUUACACACAGAACCCUUUGUGCCAGCGUUGGGAGCUCAAACUGGAAAUCAAGCAACACAAAUGGUCAGAGCUGGAUUGAAAGCGAUUUAUCUUUCGGGUUGGCAAGUGGCAGCCGAUGCUAAUUCAGCCGGCGACAUGUACCCCGAUCAAUCACUUUACCCGGCGAACUCAGGUCCCGAGUUGUGCAGAAAAAUCAACAAAUCUUUGCGAAGAGCCGAUCAGAUUGAAGCUGUUGAAGCAGAUGAUUACCAAUCGAAACGUGACUGGUACGCGCCGAUUGUGGCCGAUGCUGAGGCUGGUUUUGGUGGAGCUCUCAACUGCUUUGAGUUGAUGAAGUCGUAUAUCGAAGCUGGAGCUGCUGGAGUUCACUAUGAAGAUCAGCUUGGAUCCGAGAAAAAAUGCGGUCACAUGGGUGGAAAGGUCUUAAUCCCAACAUCACAACACAUUCGUCACUUGAAUGCUGCAAGAUUGGCGGCUGAUGUUUGUGGAGUGCCGACGAUCAUUGUUGCCAGAACUGAUGCCGAAAGCUCGAGAUUGUUGACUAGUGAUGUCGACGAGCGUGAUCACCCCUUCAUUGAUCGAGCCGCUGGGAGAACAGUUGAAGGUUUCCAUAGACUCCGUGACGAUACGGCCCUUCAAUAUUGCAUCAAUCGUGCUGUCGAUUAUGCCCCAUAUUGUGAUCUCAUUUGGAUGGAAACAAGCCAUCCAACAAUCGCUGAUGCAAAAGAGUUCGCUGAAGGAGUGAGAAGAGUGUACCCGGAUAAAAUGUUCGCCUACAAUUGUUCCCCGUCAUUCAACUGGAAGCAACACCUCGCACCCGCUCAAAUGGAGAAAUUCCAAAAGGAACUUGGCGCCAUGGGCUUCAAAUAUCAAUUCAUCACUUUGGCCGGUUUCCACGCCAACUCAUUCAGCAUGUUCGAUUUGGCGAAAGGAUACAGAGAAAGGGGAAUGGCUGCUUACUCGGAAUUGCAAGAAAAGGAAUUCUCAGCUGAACGACACGGAUACACUGCGGUCAAGCAUCAAAGAGAAGUCGGCACUGGAUACUUCGAUCAUGUUGGAAAUGCGAUUUCUGGAGGCACUUCAUCGACGGGCGCUCUCAAAGGAUCGACAGAAGAGGCUCAAUUCCACGGCACUCCCACAGCUCCAGCCGACGAUGAAGAGAUCGUAACUCUAACAGCCCCAAUGACUAGUGGAGAUGCAAGAAUUUUGACGCCCGAUGCGUUGAGAUUCAUCAGAGAUUUACACAAAAAGUUCGACGGACGUCGCCGUGAGCUCUUGGAAAAGAGAAAACAAGUGCAAACAAGUCUUGACAAUGGCGAAUGGUUCCCGAACUUUGAUCCAAAAACAAAAGAUAUUCGAGAAUCGAUGGACUGGAGAGGAGCUCAAAUUCCAGAGGAUCUUAAGGAUCGCCGAGUCGAGAUCACUGGGCCAACCGAUCGAAAAAUGGUCAUCAAUGCGUUGAAUUCUGGAGCUAACGUCUUCAUGGCAGAUUUUGAAGACUCAAACUCUCCGGCUUGGAGAAAUCAAUUGGAUGGACAAAUCAAUCUCUACGAUGCGAUCCGUCAAAAUAUCUCGUACACUCAUCCAGCCACAAAGAAGGAAUACUCAUUGAGAAAGGAUCCCGCUGUCUUAAAAGUGCGUCCACGCGGUUGGCAUUUGCCCGAGAAACAUCUUCAAAUUGAUGGAAAGAGCACAUCUGGAUCGCUUGUCGAUUUUGGACUUUUCUUCUUCCACAAUGCUAAGGCAUUGCUUGAGAGAGGCAGUGGCCCAUAUUUCUACUUACCGAAACUUCAAUCCGCUGAAGAGGCUCAAUUGUGGGCCGAUGUCUUUGCAUAUUCUGAAGAGAAACUCGGAGUCCCACACGGUUCAAUCAAAUGCACAGUUCUCAUUGAGCAUCUCUUGGCUUCCUUCCAGAUGAAUGAGAUCAUCUAUGCGUUGAAAGAUUACAUUGUCGGGCUGAAUUGUGGUCGAUGGGAUUAUAUCUUCUCUUACAUCAAAGUCUUCCGCAAUCACAGACGCUUCUUGUUGCCCGAUCGUUUCCAAAUUGGCAUGACCUCACCAUUCUUGCGAGCCUACAGCUUGGAGGUGAUCAAAACAUGUCAUCAAAGGGGAAUUCACGCAAUGGGUGGAAUGGCCGCGCAAAUCCCGAUUAGACAAGAUGCUGCUGCUAAUCAAAAAGCUCUCUCAAUGGUGAGAGCCGACAAAGAAAGAGAAGCAAUGGAUGGACAUGAUGGAUCGUGGGUAGCCCAUCCAGGACUUGUUCCUUUGGCUAGAGAGGUCUUCGACAGUGUGAUGCAAUCACCAAAUCAAAUCGAGAAAACCCUCAAUUGGCAAGCGACAAAGGAAGACUUGACUGCUGUGCCCAAAGGACAUCGAACCGAAGAGGGAUUCAGAAGAAAUGUCGCUGUUAACAUUGGCUAUAUGGAUUCGUGGCUGAGAGGUGUGGGCUGUGUGCCAUUGUACAAUUUAAUGGAAGACGCGGCAACAGCAGAAAUCUCUCGAGCACAACUCUGGCAAUGGGUUAGACAUGAUGCCAAGCUUGAGGAUGGACGAGCAAUUGAUGCUAAACUUGUGAAAGAAACAAUUGCCGCCGAGUUGGAGUUGAGAUUGAUUCGAGCGGGAUCUGUCGUGAACAGAUUGCCCGAGGCAGCCGAACUUCUGCAGAAAUUCGUUGUUGAAGAGGAAUUGAGUGAUUUCCUCACUCUCGAUGCCUAUGAUAAACUCGUCUCUGAGGGACAU